UCAUUAGAUUCGAAUCGGAUACGUCUAGCUAAAGUAUAUUGAACCAUCCCAGCCUGGGUUGGUCACCUCAGACUCCCAUGUUGCUACUCCGAUACAUGCGCUGCUUUUAACAUCCUUUUCCCUUUUUUCUCUUUCCUUUCCCAUUGUUUCUAACUUUUCACCAUUUUUUUUUGUUGACAAAACCAAGAAAAUGGGUACAACCUAAUUUGCUGUUUAUGAAGGGAAAAAAAGGUUGAUUCUUUACAAUGCAGAAGGGAUAAAGGCGAUUCAGUUUUGCUGAUUUAUCAAAAGGGGGAUUUGGAAAAUAUGGUUAAGCAGGUUUAGGCAUUGCUUCUGUAUAAAGUUAUCGAUAAAUACUUAUUUUUUGAAUAUAAAUGUCUGAUUUGGUUGCUCGGACGGGUCGGCAUCAACAGCGAUAUGAAGAAGGCUAUCGACUAAUUGCUGGGUGUAUACCAUUCAGGUUCAGAGAUAUGGAAGAACAUGGUGGUGACACAUCUGAAAAGAUAGUUGAAGUACUGAUGAUAAACUCUACGAGCGGGCCUGGUCUUCUGUUUCCGAAGGGAGGGUGGGAAAAUGAUGAAACGGUUAAAGAGGCAGCUGUUCGUGAAGCCAUAGAGGAGGCUGGAGUUCGUGGGGAUUUAGUGCAUUUCUUGGGAUACUACCCCUUUAAAAGCAAAACACUUCAAGACGAGUUCAGUCCAGAAGGUCUGUGUAGAGCUGCCAUGUUCGCUUUGUUUGUGAAGGAAGAGCUUGACUGUUGGCCAGAACAGAGCCGCCGGAAAAGAAGUUGGCUGACAAUUCCUGAGGCGAUUGAAUGUUGCCGGCACCCAUGGAUGAGAAAGGCCCUUGAAGAAGGAUUUUUGAAGUGGCAUGAGGGUGGUAUGGUAAGCACAAUUAACAACGACGAUGACUAGUUUUUCUCUUAAGUCCUCCCUUACCAAAGACUGAAGUUUAUUAGAACUUUUACGGGUAGAAACAACUGUGAAGUUGGAUCUUAUGUCAACUAUAAAUCUGCAGAAAAGUAAUGUCGUUUUACAAAUUGGAGCAUGACAUGGUCAUCAUGUUUUGAUGAUUUAUUAUCUGGUUCUUUGCUUUCCAAGAGACUGAAGGAAAAUCAGCAAGAAAAGAAACAAGAAAAAUUAUC